AUGAUAACACCUUCCAUAGAGUUUAAAUACUUUUGUUCGAGUCUUGACACUGUUAACCAAAACAGUCCAAUAGAAAAGUUUCUGAAAGAAACAUUGCGUUUUGCCUGUGGCUGCCUAAAUAGACGUCGUAACGGAACAAUAUACUUUGGAAUAGCAGAUGACAAACCAGUUGAUGGGAUUAAACGCAGACAUGGCCAGGUAGUUGGAUUCCCCAUCAUGGAAGUAGACAUGGAUAGCAAAACUAAGUACGCAGAUGCACUAAAUGAGGCCAAAUCAAAAUGCUUUGACUCACCAGAAGCAAAUAUAGCAGCAAAGGAAUGUAUCAAAACACCUGUAUUUGUCAAAGUUGCCCCCUCCUCCGAACAGGUACCAUUGUUUGUUAUGGAGGUUGACAUUGAACCAUAUUCAUCCUUUUGCGAAGGCAUAAAAUUCAAGUUGGAUCUGACAAAAAUAUGUAAAAAGAAACUAAAUCCAUUUCUAUUCGUUCGUGAUGAUGCAGAAACUAGGAGGAUAGAUAGCAAAGAAGAGGAAUUACAUUUUGUACGUACCCUAAGUAAAUGGGAUCAAAAACGCAAAAUUGAAGAGAGAUCAGUCAGUAGACAAUUUUCCACUGAAAACGACCAUAAAUACUUGGCAGAAAAACUCUGUAACAAAUUAUGCAGGCACAGCAAUCAUUUUAACCUAUCACUUUGGCCUAUUUUAGUUUCAAGCAAGCCAUCAGAUGAAUUGAAAGAAAACCUUUUAAAAGCUCUCAGUUUUAUUUCAAAUAUUCACUGGUCUGCAGUUUUUGAAUUUGAUGAUGAAUCAUCCUGCAAUGGUUUAUGCAAACAUUUUUUCAGUACACCUCAAACAACCCUUACAAGUGGAGAAAUCUUUAGGGAUGUCGAGAACAAUAAUGAUUUAAGGGACCAAUUAAAACUACCAGAAAACAAUGUAUUCAUAUACUGCAAUGGACGCUCUGAAAUAAGAAAACCCCACCUCAGAAAACGCGACUGGAAGAAACAGUAUUCUCCAAAUGUUAAAGCUGCAAUAAACUUUUUUCAACAGAGAUCAGUAAUACCACUUGGGAGAACAAUAAUACUAUUUCUGCUUCAAGGCAAUGACUUUGACGGGUUUCUUCAUAUAUUUGGAGAGAUGAUAACAUUCUUUGACAGUCAAACAAUACUGUUAUGUGAAGACAGAAACAUUUUCAAGUCAUUUAAAGAACAAGCACUACUUCAGGACAUUGUAGACCUUGAAGACCUUGAACGUAACUGUAUUGUUGGAAUGACAUGGGAACAAACUAAUGAUACUAUCAAUGCUUUACUAGGUGUUGAGAAACAAUCUGUUACAUCAAUACCUACAAGCACUGGAGGUGCAGUAGAUGUAGAACUAAAAGUUCAAGAAAGUUGGAAUACACUGCAAAUCUUGAGCUACAAUCAAUGUGAGGAUAGACAGUUUGAAACACCAUUGGAUAAACAACAGUUUGGUAAAGAGAAGGAACUGAAGUUUUACCAAGGUAAUAGGGUUGAGUGGUGGAACUUUUUCUUUGAGGGACAUGUUAUGACAAGGCACUGCUUUAGGAACUUGAGGAAUAAGGUUCAUGAUGCUCUUACAGGUCAGAAAUCAGAUAAAACAAAAGUUGUUCCUAUUAUUCUUAACCAUGAACCUGGUGCAGGGGGUUCAACUUUAGUCAGACACAUCCUUUGGGAGUUCCACAAGGACUUUAGAUGCGCAGUUGUAACAAAACUACUUGAGAAAACGGCGGGGGACAUACUUUCAUUUUGGCGUUACAAAGAGAAAGAUAUCAGAUAUGCACAACCAGUCUUGCUGGUGAUCGAUUCUGUUAUUGAAUAUAAGCUGGACCUUGAUGAAUUGCAUCGCCUUGUAACAAUAGAAUCGUGGAAGAUGGAAAGCAAUACAAAAAAACCUGUAUGUGUUUUCCUCAUUUGUAAAAGAGAAGAGUCUAUCAACAGUUUCCCUAGAACACACCACCAAGACAUUUCUGCUUUGGUCUAUCUUCCACAGAAGGUUGGGAAGGCUGAAAAGGAAUGGCUUACGAACAAAAUACAGCAGCUAGAAGACACAAGCAGAGACCUUGGCCUUACACAUUUCAAGGGAGAAUAUUUCAUUUCCUUCAUGAUUUUGCAUUCAAACUUUGAACAGGAAUUUCUUCAAGAAACAAUUCACAAUUUACUGAAGGAUAUGAACGUUGAGGAUAGACUAUUCAAACUACUUAUGUAUGUCGCUCUUGUGAUCAGAUAUGUUAGUCCGCCAAAAGGAGGGGCAGCUAUAGCAAUCCCAGUUGAAUGUUGUAGUGAACAUAUGGGACUUCACUCGAGAAUAGACACUGGGCUGCAAAAAAACUCCCUUUGGGAAAACAACUUAGAUGGCCCCCUUAAGAUAUUACUGCUGAUUGAGAUGAAAGAAUAUGGAAGUGGGAAACAGAUUCGGAUGGCACAUCCAAACUUAGCGAGAGCUGUUAUUGGAUGCAUUCAAACUAAAUAUCUUUACUGUGAGCUAUCAAGUAUUGCUAUGGAUUUUCUGAGAUCAGAUCUUCUCAAGACGACUUCCUAUGGUAAAAAGUUUCUGAACCAACUGACCGUUGAAAUGCUCACGCGACGCAAGAAGGAAGAAUAUAAUGAUGAUGAAAAUACCUAUUUCAGCCCAUUGAUCGCAAGCAUACUUUCUGAAAGUGGUCAGUGCAAACCUGCAGCAAAUGUUUUAGGGAAAGGUUUUGAAUUAUUGAAAGACAGUUCCAUUGCACAUCAACUGGCUCGUUUACACGUACACUACAAGGAAUAUGAUUUGGCCAAAGAGUGGGCAAAACAGGCUGUGGAACUAAGUCCCAGAAGAUCAAUAUUUUUACACACUUACGAAAAUGUCUUCAAGCAAAAUUUUUUGAAUUUAAAAAUAUGGGAUUCAAAGAAUCCUGUAAAUCCAGCAGAUGAAGCAACAACUGGUGCAUUAGAUUUGGCAUUGGAAGCACUGAGGCAUUUCCAAAAUGCAUGUACAUGUGAAAAAUUUGAAAAGAACCUUUUGGCACAUCAUGAUACUCUUUCAACAGUUUUAUGCAUAGCGAGGUUCAUCAAUGAAAUAGUUGGCAUCAGGAGAGAUGAACUAUCUAAUUAUUUCACAGAAGAUGUUGUUCCAGAAGCUGUAGUUUGCUGGGAGAACUAUCACAGUAAACUCAAAAUGCUGUUUUCUAUAGGUUUUGAAGCAGUUGAAGAGUUAGAUGAACACAUAUAUUACAAACAAUGUUCAUAUGCGUCAAAGUAUAAUCAACAGAAUGACGCACACAGAAUUUCUAGAUGCAUAAAAGGUAAACUUCCGGACAUGUUUGAAGACUUUAUAAAUUUCUUUUGCCCAAGAACAGAUUUAAAUGAUCCGCCUCCUUAUGUGAAAUCAGAUGAACUCAGAGAUGGGUGGCAUAGGCGGUGUAUUGUGAGUUUGGGUGGAAAGAGAUUAGUUGACAUCUUCAGAAUUACUUUAAGUGACACCAAAGACGCUGCUACUCAACUACUGUAUACAGUCCGUAGACACUUGAAGGAAAUCAAAGAGGCUUCUGCGGAUGACUAUCUAACUCUUGUUGCAGUGAAUUUAGCACUUGCACAAAUGAGAGCUGCGAAGCAAAAUAGCAUGACCGAUCUGUACGGAUAUUGUAAGCAGAUAAUACUUGCCGAAAGAAAACGAAAUGUGAUACAUAUGGCGUAUAUGUAUAUAGUGAUGUUGCAAUGGCCACGAAAGACACAAGAAAUACAGUAUGAUCAUGACCUAAUGAAGAAAGCAAUGCGUUAUCUUUUUGAUGAAUCCAGAGCUAAAAAGCAUCAAAAACUAAAAGCUGAAAAUGAAUUUUUCAAACGUGAAAAUAAUAUCUACCACAGUGUUACUCUCUUUUUCCUUGGAAAAGAGAGGGGACUUUCUCGGUUUAUAUACCAUUCUCAUCUGUUUGGUAAAAGGAAACAAAAGGACCUCAGAGAGGAAGUGUGGGAGAGACAUGAUAUCAAAGAAAGACUUCAGUUAGUAUAUGGCUACACUAAGAUCAGACACAACAGUUGUGCUAUAAGCAUUGUUGCUGACAUGGAACAAUAUGGACUAGAUAAUGAAAUAGAAGUGAGGAACCUGAAAUGUAGACCUCUUGAGCUGUCAGAGAGACCUGUAUCGUUUUACCUGGGAUUUUCCUUGUCUGGCCCAGUUGUGUGUUACGUAUGUCCCACAGAAACGAAUCUUGGUGGUUUGCGGUUUGCUGUAGAUAACAUUGAGUAUUCACAACUCACAAAGGCAGAGUUAUUAAACUUACAAAGGGAAAUUGAACAACUGAAGACUAAAGCCCGCCUGAAUGAAAAGGAGGAAGUCCUCAUCAGGGACGAAAGAGAAAUCGCGGAAGCUCUUUGGAGAUUUGAAUCAGAUAAGACCAUCUUUGACUGAAGAUAACACAAGGUGUGGGCAAUGAAUUUGAGAAAGAAAAAAUUUCAAAGAAAACUCAUUGCGCACACACGACUGGAUGUUAUGACUUUGAGUAUGAAAUUUCAUAGACAAAGUUAAUGAACACGGUUUUACGUCUCCUGUCCUCAUGUCGGGAAUCGAACACGGGCCACUGGUGUAUCCAGCCCACGUUUUAACAAUCAGGCUAUCCCUGCCCGUGUAAAGGCUAAACAUGCACACAACUCAUACCAGCAUACCUGUCGACAUGCAGAACUUUGUCUCAUUAAUUCCAUAUAUAGGAUAGCUACGUGAUAAAUCGCAAAGAACAAUGAAGAACGAAGCGUGGUUCUUUUCACCAAAAAACAUUGUUCUCUAAUGACGUCAUUUCUGGAGAUUCGAAAAUGCACUCGCAACUUGAUGACGUCGUAAAUUGGACGACGUUAUUUUUGAGAGGAAGUGUCUAGUGAUUUGUUCCACAUAGAUGUAGCUGGACAGCGCAGAUGAGCGUUCAUCGAACGAUGGCACCAAAAAGUGGGAGAGACAAUCGUUAUUGGUAGUAAAGGCACAGAUAAUCGACGUGAAACUUGUAAGAAUAUGCGGGAGAGACCAAAUCCCC